AAAGGAGGACUGUUUCUUUUCAAAACAUAAAAGAAAAUGUCGCGGGUCCUUGUGACUAUUAUCGUUCUUGUCUCUGUUUUGGCGGUUUCUGCAACGGAGAAAGUGAAGAAGGGUGCUUAUGACGCAGCUUCAACCAACUACAAGGUUUUGUAUCCACUUGGCACGGGCCAAGAGCGAGUUCAAUGCUUGGCGAGAGGAUCUUGUAACCAAAAGAUCCUCACUUGUCCUAAGGAAUGCCCCGAGAGGAAACCAAAGAUGAACAAGAAGGAAAAAGCUUGUUUCAUUGAUUGUAGCAGCAAAUGUGAAGUCACCUGCAAAUGGAGAAUAGCAAACUGCAACGGAUAUGGAUCUUUGUGUUACGACCCGAGAUUUGUUGGAGGAGACGGUGUGAUGUUCUACUUCCACGGAAACAAAGACGGGAACUUCGCCAUCGUUUCUGACGAUAAUCUUCAAAUCAAUGCACAUUUCAUUGGUACAAGACCUGCUGGUAGAACCAGAGACUUCACAUGGGUUCAAGCCUUCUCAGUGAUGUUCGAUAGUCAUAACCUCGUCAUCGCCGCCAAGAAGGUUUCUUCUUGGGACGAUUCUGUAGACUCUCUCGUGGUGAGAUGGAACGGAGAAGAAGUUGAAGUUCCGACAGAAGGUGAAGCAGAGUGGAGAAUAAAUCUUGAAGAAAGGGAAGUUGUUGUUGAGAGAACAGAUGAGAGGAAUAACGUGAGAGUUACGGUAUCUGGGAUUGUUCAGAUGGAUAUUAAGGUUAGACCAAUCGGGAAAGAAGAAGACAGAGUUCAUAACUAUCAGAUUCCUAAAGAUGAUGUUUUUGCUCAUCUAGAGACUCAGUUUAAGUUUUUUGACCUGAGUGAUCUCGUCGAGGGCGUGUUGGGUAAAACAUACAGACCUGGAUACAUUAGUCCGGUUAAGACCGGAGUCCCGAUGCCGAUGAUGGGUGGAGAAGACAAGUACCAAACUCCUUCUCUGUUCUCACCUCUCUGUAAUGUUUGUAGGUUCCAAGCAAAACCUGGUCCCGGAGUGGCUAAGUACUAAAACCUUAAAAAAGGAUAUGUUUGUUUUUUGUUUGCCAAAUUGUGUUUAAAUUAAGCCCCUAAUUGUAGUGUUUUAGCAUCGUUAAAUCGAAAGAUUAUCAUCGAUGUUCUAUGUCUUUGUGUUUGCUAUUUGGAUCCGAUACAUAAUAAAAAGGAUUUUCUU